GAGACGAACAGACAGAGCGUAUCAAAGGUUAUUUCAUGCGAAUAUUGUUGGGAGCGGUUUUGUCGACGCGAGACAGAUAAACCAUGGCUGUGAACGUUGUCCAUACAAGUGCCACGACAGAUAAUUUGAGCCGGCAUGACAUUUUGGCAUGGGUCAAUGGUGUGCUACAGACAAACUACACAAAGAUAGAAGAACUGUGUACAGGUGGAGCAUAUUGGUCAGUUUAUGGAUUGCUAUUUCCAGGUAGCUCUGAGUUUGGGGAGGGUAAAUUCAACUGUAAGCUUGAAUAUGAAUAUAUUCAGAAUUUCAAGAUACUCCAGAAUUCUUUCCGGAAGAUGAAAGUUGAUAAGGUGGUUCCAGUUGAAAGACUAGUCAAAGGCAAAUAUCAAGACAACUUUGAAUUUGUCCAGUGGUUCAAGAAGUUCUUAUGCAAUUACCAAGGCCAGGAAUAUGAUGCUUUGUCAGCGCGAGGUGGUGAAACAGUUGAAUACCCUAAGGGGGGAGCCCUCAAUAAAAUGCCUCGAGCCCAAGGAUCAACACCGAAGCAAACAAAACCAGUUGCAAGAGCAGCACCGAUGAGGGCACUGUCAGGAGCGCAGCAGCGGAGGCAACCAGCAAGCAAAAAUAACAAUGCAGGUGGUGACUCAAUCAGACAAGAGGUUGAUGAGUUGAAUAGACAGACAUCUGAAUUACAGUUGACGAUCAGUGGAUUGGAAAAGGAACGAGACUUUUACUUUGGGAAGUUGAGGGAUAUAGAGAUCAUGUGCCAAGAAAAUGAAGAAAACCCAACCAUUAAAAAAAUUGUAGAAAUUCUGUAUGCAACAGAGGAGGGCUUCGCUAAACCGGAUGAUGAAUUUGUGGAUGCCAAUGCUUCUGAGGAGGAUGAGGAAUACUGA